UUGAAUGGAAGUGAUGUUGAUUUGCUCAGUCAAUUGAACAAUAGUUCCGAUUUGAAUAGAAAUCCACAAUUGGCAUUUCCACUAGUUCGAUGUGAUGAUUUCAUUGUUCGCCAUUUUGCAGCCGAUGUCACAUAUUCAAUCAAUGGAUUCGUUGAGAAAAAUCGAGAUGCGAUUGGCGAACAAUUGAUGAAACUCGUCACAUCGAGUCAAUUCGAGUUAAUGCAAAAUAUUUUUGGAACUGGAAAACCAAUAUUGGAUCAAAGUGGUAAUCGAACAAUUGCCAGUCAAUUUAGAAGUUCGCUGAAAGAGUUGAUGAAUGUUUUGGAUGCGACAACACCGCAUUACGUGCUAUGCGUCAAACCGAAUGAUAGCAAAACCAGGUAUUUAAUUAGUUUUUGUUUUAUUGAACUUUUGUAAUUUUUUGCUUUUUUUUCCAGUUUUGCAUUCGACCACAUUCGAGCCAAUGAUCAACUUCGAAAUUUCGGCGUUCUGGAAAUUGUUCGGAUUUCGGCUGCCGGAUUUCCUUCGCGAUUUAAAUAUGAUGAUUUCGCUCGAAGAUAUGCAAUUGCUUAUACAAAACAAGAAGUUUCAUUUUGCCGAGAUUCACCGAAAGCAUUGUCGAAAAUCGUAUGCGAAGAAUAUUUGGAAAAAGGAACCUUUGAAUUUGGAAAAACCCAACUUUUCCUGAAAAUUGGACAAAUCGCACAUUUGGAGAGAAUCCGAGAGGAAAAAAUAUCGGCAGCAAUUGUUAUUCAGAAACUUUGGAGAGGGAUCAUGACUCGGCGGAUUUAUAAGGAUUCGAAAAUCGGGAAAAGCAAUGAUAUUGAAGUGAAAAUGGUAAUAAUUUAUUGAAAUUGGAGGGGAUCACUGAAAUAACAAUUUCCCCACGUCUGAAAAAAUUUUAGAGAGUUACAAUUUCGCCACGGGUACAAUUUUUUUGACAACCUAACCAACAUUUUUAAUUUCCAGUUAUCGCCGAGCUCAACGAUUCAAUCACAAGAUUUGACGAUUUCGUCUGAUGAGAAAAAUAUUGGUGUGGUGAAUGAAGAAGAAAGACCAACGUGUUUGGGAUGUAACGUCGGAUACCGGGUGAGCGAUGUUUUCCCCGAAUGUUUUGGGAGGAUUUUGUAGGGCAAAAAGAAACGCGUUUCGAAACUACUUCUCUGACUGUUUGGGUUCCAAAAAAGUUUCACCAAAAACCAUUUUCUGCACAAGCCUGUCAGAUUGUUCAGUCGUUCUUUUACAUACUUAAAAAAAAUCCGCAUUGUGCGUCAUUAUCUUCAACUUUCUACAAACCUUAUCUUCAGGUGUCAAGCCCGAAGGAGAGGUAGAAAAGAAAGUAAGAUCAGAAGCAUUUCAAAACCGAUUCAUUUUUUCUAAAAUUAUGGUGCAGAAGGAUUUUUGACAUGAAGUAGAAAAGAGAUUUUUAAAAUUUAGAUAUCUUUCAAAAAUGAACAUUGGGACACAGAGAACUACCAUAUUUUCAUUUUCAAAAAUCAAUCUAAAACACACUUCUAAAAAAAUACUGUUAUGGCAAAAGUUCCUAGAAAAUUUUCAUUAAUUCAGUUCAACGCACAUUCUAUUUUUGUUGUCAAUUUGCUAAUCAAGAAAAAGUAACACAAAAUAUUUGCAGGCCACUUCAACUUGUAAUAUCUGCAAAUUUCUAUGCAUCAAUUGUUUUAUGGCACAUUCAUCGAUGAAGUUCUUCCAAAGCCACGAUGUCAAAUUGUUGGAUGAAACUGUGGAUGAUUGUUGUAUUGACAAAAAGGACGAUGAAAUUACGAGAUCACAUUGUCAAGAUUCUUCUAGAAAUCGAACUGAUUCGGAUUUACACGAGGUUUGUAUUCCAUAAUAUUUAUGAAAUCGGAAGAAAUCAAGCUAAUGUAAAAUGCAAUCGGAUGAGAGGAGGAGAUUUAGAGAAAAUAAUGCACGGCUCUUUUAUUUUUGCGCGAACUCUUCUUACCCCGCUUCAUUUUUCCAAAAGCUUCGGCGUUUCCUAGAAUGUUGUGCAAUUUUUCGAUUAUAAAGUAAAUGGGCUCAAAAAAUCGCAAAAUUACUAUUUUUAGUGAAAACUAAAUUAUACGGAUGAGAGUUCAUUUUUGGCUGGAUUUUAAAAAUCAAUUUUAGAAAUUUGGAUUUAAAGUUUGAAGAACAAUGCAAUUUCGAACUGAAAAUUCAAAAUUUCCACGUCAUAUGUCAAUUUAUUCCAGUUUUCGAUUUCUUAUUUUAUUCUAUUUUCAGUCAAGUUGUGGCAAAAUAAUUCAAUGUUUUCAAAAAUAAAACAAUAGGUUUUGACAAAAUUUUGAAAUCAAUAAUUUAUUGAAAGCUCAAGUGCACAGGAUAAUAUCAGGUGACUAAUUGUCUGCCGAGCGUCAGUUAGUCGUAAGUUUGUCGGCGAAAAUAUUGUGUGUUUCCCGGAGAUGCAGACGAAAAAGUUUCAGGCGACUAAUCAGAAGUUAGUCGUCGAUUAGUCGCCUGAAUCAUUUCGUCUGCGUCUCCAGAAAUACACCAUAUUUCGAAAAUUCUGCCGACGUACUUACGACUAAUUUACGAUUGGCAGCCGGUUAGUCGCAGGAUUUCUCUGAGUAGAUUGUCCGAAUCUAUAUUAAAGAAAAGUUGAAAAAAGCAAUUUUAUAGAGCCCGAGCUAUUUUUCCCAGUCUCUCCAUUUCUCAAACACUUUUUCUCGGGCUCUAUGAAAUUGAGAAAGCUUUUUCGCAACUUUUUAUAUAGAUUCGGACAUGGUUAUUUCUGGGUUGCCGGUCCAUUUAAGAAUUAAUCAAAACCAAGAUUUCGUUUGAAAUUGCUCAAAAAUCGACUGUAAAUUUAGAAAAGUGGAAAAAUUUGGAUCUUAUUAAAACACUCCAAUUUCCUGCAGGAUUUUUGCGGCAAAGUUAGCAACCCAAAUAUCGGACCAAAAAUCUCGAUAAAAUUGAAAAAUCUGGAUUUCUAAUGCUUAAAACAAGAUUUUUGUUAGAAAAUCAAGAAAUUAUCAGAACUUUGGCCCCAAAAUAAUUUGAUCGAAAAACACUCAAAAUAUUGCAUGUUUUUCUGAAUUUCCAAAAAAAAUCUGAGCAUUUUUUGAAUUCCAAUCGAAAAUUUUGAAUUUUUUUCCAAUUUUUAAAAUAAUUCCGCAACAAGCGGAUUGAUAUUUAAUAGGUUUUCAAUUAGUAGAUAUUUCGAGAGAACUGUUUCAUUUUUAUUUCAACAGGGGAUAUCAGAAAAUGACAAUAAACAUUGUUUAUAGGAAAAACUGUCCUCAUUGAAACUCAUUGAAACAUUGAUCGUCUCUGUAAGAAAUUGCAAAUCAAAAGUAAAAAGGGAUAUAUGUAUCAAUAAUUUGGAAGAUAUUCAACAAAUUACAAGUUUGCAAGAUGAAGAAGAAAGAAUUGGGGAAAUAGAGAAAAAGAUCGAUGAUUAUGAUAAAAUGGUGAAAGAAGAAGAAAUGUUCAUGUUUCGAGAAAUGAAAAAUGUUUUGAACGUGGAAUUGAUGAAUGUAAAAGAAGAAAUUGAUCGAAGAAACAAGAAUUUGGUGAGUUUUUUCAAAAAGGCAUGGUAAACAUAGUCCAGAAAGCCAGGACAGCUUUUUGUAUCAAUUUAAGCUCGGGGUGGGGGCGGGGUGAGACGAAAAAAAAAGUUGUCGCAAUGUUAAAGGCUUCCCAAAAGUAGUAAAACCUCCAAGGGAUUUUUUCUGGAAACGCCCAGAAAAAAUGUUCCAUGAAUUAGAUACCACGUUGAAAUUAUUCGCUAAACUUUUGGACAUCGCAUAAGUUGAAAAAAAUCCAUGGAAUAUUUUUUUUCGGACCUUUUUAGGCCUUUCGAGAAAAAAUCCCGUGGGGCUUUUACUAUUCAAAGGGGGCCCGAUCUUUUGAGCUAAUUAAAUUUGUCGUCUUACCUUUUUUAGCUAUCACAUUUUACAGGAAGCAGUCCAAAAAUUCUACACAUUGGCAAUUGAAGAAGUCAAAAAUAUCACCAAAAUACAAAGUUGUGAUUUCGGUUGGGAUUUGCUGGAAGUGAAUCGGUCGAAUUCUGAAUUCUACAAGAAUAAAUUGACUGAAAAAACUGAUGAAAUUUCCGAAAGGAUUAUAAAAACGGAAGAGAUUUUGAAUUAUGGAAUGAUGAUAAGCAAUGAUGAAAUAUCAAUCUUGCAAGUUGUGGAAAGUUUGGAGAAUCAUCGUAAAUCUUUGAAAAAUGUAUAUAUUUGUUUGAAAUAUCAUCAAAAAGAUUUGGAUGGUUUUAUUUCGUUCUCGAAAAAGAUGGAAAAUAUUGAAGAUUUCCUGAAAAAUCAAGAAGUCUUACUCUCAAAUUCCGAUGAUUCGUUCAGUAUUGAAGAAAUAAAUUUCAAUGAAAAAGAACUCUCAAAAGUGAAGAAUAAUUUGGAAAACAUGAUUCAGUGCUGUAAAAAAAGAAAUUCAAAAGGAUAUUGUGACACAAGAAUAGUCAACACUAUUGCUGAUUUUUCCAUCCAAAAUGACACAUAUUUCAAAAAGGGAGAUGAGGUCAAAGUUCUUUUUCAUCAGGAAGAUCGUUUUCAAUCAAAACAAAAAAUGGUUAUAUUUAUUCGGUUCCGUCAUUUUUUUCGAACACAACAUAUCUUAUGAUUCGGUUUCGGAUUCUUCCAAAAGACUUUUUCAAAUUACGGAAAAUGUUGGGAAAGGAUGGCAAUUUAGGAAACAAGUACUCAAUUUUGAUGCUGUUGAGGUAUUUUUUUUCUAAAAUUCAUGAAAACUUUUUAUGAAAAAAUUGCCUUCAUCGUUGUUUUGUAGUAAUUUCUCCAGAUUUAAAAGUUUUUUGAUCGUGUAGAAGUGAAAUUCUGCCAAAUAUUGUGACGCAUUUUUCAUACUAGUUUUUUUUCCUCUGAAAUUUUUGUUUCGGAAUUAUAUACAUUUCAGAGUUAACUGCGAGAAAAUUCAAAAGCAAAAUAUUAUUUAAACAAUUUUCCGAAAAAUCUCCCCUACAUAUAAAAAACGCACAAACUAAAUGAAUCGGACAUUUGUCCGCAAUGACAUCAUGAUCCAAUAUCCAAAAAAUUCAAAAUAUUUUGUAGUAUUCAACAAUAUUCAUUAUUUUUAUUUAGCAGGUUCGCGGAGAAUUCGGUGAAGAAAUCGAAGGAGAAACGAGUUCAUUGAAUGGUGGUUUCGAGCAAGCGAAUUCGGAUAGUUGGCAGAUAGGUGAGGUUUUCGAAACACAUAUUUAAAGCAACACCCUUGUAUAAUAAGGCCAUUGCGAAAUGUUUCCAACCUCCAAAAUAUAUAAAAUUAUUUAAAAAAAAUUUUUCAAACUUAACAAAAAUUCCGCAUUUCCCGAAUUUCCAAGCAAAACGUAAUAUAUAUUUUGGGUAAAAUUAAAAGAAAUGUUUUAUGUAAAAAUACUGAAAGUUUUUCAGUGAAACACCAAUGAAUUUUUGUUCAAGAAUAUUCUUUAGAAAAUGUUAUCCUGAAAUGUAAAAAAAAACCUAGAGAAGUUGCAACUUUGCAACAACGUUGAUAUUGAUAUUUCGCCCUAAUUAUUGUUUUCUUCUCAAUUUGGCGCCUCAUAAUUUUAUGUUUUGAAUGUGAUUUGGAAAUUAUUCAAUAUUAUUGGAUUUUCAGGCAUUUGGAAAAUACUUCCAAUUCCAAGAUGAAGUUAACUUUGCCAAAUGUUAAUCUUUUUGUGAAUCAAUAUUUUCAGGUCUGAUAUAUGAUUUUUUUUCGAAUUCACAGUAACCCAAAAUUUUAAUUUUUCAAGAAAUAACCAUUUUUUUGAAAUCAAAUUAUAUGUGGCGCCGAAUUAUAUUCGAAGAAUCUCAAAAAGUGACUUUUGGUUCAAAAAAAGAUCAAUUCAGAAAAUGUUCCGAAAAUGAGCCAUGGAACAUCUUGCGGAACAUUUCUAAUGCGUCACAUUUUUCAAAUGACGCAUGUUCAGUUUUUUGAAAUGCUCCACAUUUUUGAAGUGAAACAUUUCUAUUUUUAUUUUUUGCGUUUCAUUUCAAAAUGAAGCACAAUUCAAAAAUUGAAAAUGGGACACGUCAAAAAUAAAACGCUUUUGUAAUUUUUGGAAGAAAUGGGUUUAUGACACUGUGUCGAAAAAAUGUUCCAUUAGGGAACUCUGAUAUAUUUCAUACCUUUUCAGAUCAUGCUGCUGAAUUUUUGUAUCAAGAUUUACGACUUGCUGACAAAAAUCAAGUGAUUGAAAAUGCGGAAAAACAUCAAAUAAUUUCAACUCCGUUUUGCUGCGAUCAAUAUAUGGGUAAACGAAAAAAGAAUGGCAUUUAUGACCAUGUAAGUAAUAGUUUUGAUGUAUACGACGUCCGAAAAAUUUAAGUUUAUAUGAAGAUUCUUCAAUUUUCUGGCUAAAAAAUCAAAAACCUGAUCAAUAUUUUUCGGACUGUGUGCUUUUUCUAUUCGUUAAAAAUCAAUCACUUCUUACAGUUUGCAUGUGAACGUUGCGGAAAGACGACAAAAUUGAAUGAAGGAUCGAAAAUCUCAAGAUAUCGAAAAUCAAUUCCGGAAAUUUUAGGCGUUAUUGAAAUGUUAUGUUCGGAGUGAGUUUUUUGUUAAGUCUUUUUAUAUUGUUCAAACUACAUUUUUCAGUUGUGAUGCGUUGGCGAUUACUUCUGCAAUUAAAUGUUCCAACACCGUAGUGUACAAGAUCAAAUACACAAUUUACGAUGCUGCUUUGGCCGACGAGUAAGUGAAAUAUUAAAUUGUUCAAUAGGAUUUCCACAUUGAAUUUCAGAUGCUUCGACAAAUUCUCCCGAUUCAAUAAAUGCAUCGAAUAUUUGAAAAUUUAG